CUCUCUCUCUCUCUAUACGUAUAUCCCUUUUGUAUCUAUCUCCUUCUUCUCUUCCCUUUCUUUCUCUGUCUCUCUCUCUCUCUCUAUAUAUAUAUAAAUAUAUAUAUUGGAGAAUCAGAACUACUAUACUAGUAGAAUACUUCUUGAUUCCUACACUUAUCAAAAAAACCCAUUAAACCCUCUUCCAUUAUCAACUUGAAUCAGCCAAUCAGUUAGUCGAGACUUCACAGAGUGAUUGUUGAAUGGACUUUUGUGUUUCCUACGCCAGGCCCAGAUUCCCAACUCUGCCCGCCGGAGUUCUCCGCCGUCCCGUCACUUUUGGGCUGCCUGUUGAUGGACGGCCAUUAAUUGUGGUGGCUAGUACCAGUAGUGCUAGCAAGCGUGAGUUUGGGGGCUUGAACGCACCGCUGGAGCCGAGGACGACGGCUGGGAAGUUUUUGAGUGGUGUCUUGUUGGAUGAUCGCGACAACUUUCGGGUAGCCGCUAGGAAGGAGUUGGAGCGGCUGGCGAAUGAGAGGGAUGAAGCGGCGGCUCGUUUGCAGCUCAGCCUCGGGUCCGAUGAAGCUUGCCUUCAUAGGAGGAUUGCUGAAUUCAAGGAGCAUGAAUGCCGGGAUGCAGUUGAAGAAGUUAUGUACAUGCUCAUAUUCCACAAGUUCAAUGAGAUGAGAGUUCAUUUGAUCCCCCGGCUUUCCGAAGGCGUGUAUAAUGGUCGGCUUGAGAUCUGGCCUUCAAAGGACUGGGAACUUGAGUCUAUCCAUAGCUUUGAGGUUCUGCAAAUGGUUAGGGAACAUCUAAGAGCUGUUGUUGGAUGGAGAUCAAUUUCUAAUGUCACAGCCAGCUGGGCCACAACUGAGAUACAACGGCUCAAGCUCUGCAAACUUUAUGCUGCUUCUAUCUUGUACGGAUAUUUCUUGAAGUCCGCUUCUUUGAGGCACCAUCUGGAACGGGUUCUAGACCUGAGCAACUCCCACUUUGGCAUUGGUGCUCGGAAUCAGCUUUCCGCUCCUGAGAUGUUUUCAGUGGGAUCAGACUACAUCACCUCUGGCCGUGUUGGCAGCGCAAAAUCAUCAUCUGUGGGUCGAGUCUCUUAUAGCUUGGGGAGUAAACAGGAAAACUUCAGGUUUUAUGUUAUGGGAUUUGAUGCGGAAACAAUUCAGAUGUGUGCAAAACCAAAGUCCAAAGAGGCAGUGAAUCUGAUCGAGAGACACAGCUCCGCGCUCUUUGGAGACGAGGAGACAGGUUUGGUAGAGACCAACGAUGUAAUUACCACUUCGUUUGCAAGUUUGAAGAGAUUUCUGCUGGAAGCUGUUGCUUUUGGCUCCUUCUUAUGGGAAGCGGAAAACUGUGUGAAUGCUGUAUAUAUGCUCGAGGAAAACUGAGUAUGUUCUAUGCUCUUUAUUAGGCCUAUUUUGUGUAUAUUAGAUUUCUUGCUUUUUAAUGUGGAGGUGUAUAUAGUAUAUGCUGUUUCCUGAUGGCAGACAGAAUAAUGUACAUAUAGAAGUUUCACACGGUGAUUUUGCUAUAAAGAAAAUUUUUGUUCUUGCCCAA